CCUCUCUAACUUUUGGCUUACUUCUAAAUUUAAGUGAAUUCUCUCGUUCUCUCUUAUUUUCACAAAACAUUCAAAUAUAUACAUACCCCUCAAUAUCUCUCCCUCUCUCCGUUUAUAUCUUUUUCCUCUUAAAAUUGUUCUAAAUCUGUUCUUUUUAAAUCCAAUUCUUUAAUUUUAUUAGUCUCUUCAUCCGAUAUUAUUUAUUGGGGAGGAAAAAAGAGAUGAAGGGGAAUACAGGAAAUCCACUAGCUUUGACAUCUCUGAACCACAUAUCCCUUGUUUGCAGAUCAGUUGAAGAAUCCAUUGAUUUCUACAAAUAUGUUCUUGGAUUUGUUCCCGUUAGGAGGCCUGGUUCAUUCAAUUUUAAUGGCGCUUGGUUGUUUGGUCAUGGGAUUGGAAUUCAUCUCCUUCAAUCGGAAGAUCCAGAAAAAUUGCCAAAGAAAACUGAAAUUAAUCCCAAGGACAAUCAUAUAUCUUUCCAGUGUGAGAGUAUAGAUGCAGUGGAAAAGAAGCUGACAGAAAUGGGGAUAGAGUACGUUAGACAGCUAGUGGAAGAAGGUGGAAUAUACGUAGAUCAACUCUUUUUCCACGAUCCAGAUGAUUUUAUGGUUGAAAUUUGCAACUGUGACAAAUUGCCUGUGAUUCCAUUGGUUGGGGAAAUGGCUAGAUCUUGCUCCAGAGUUAAUCUUCAUCAACCUCAGCCAACACAGCAACAACCCAUAGUACAUGUCCAAGUCCAACCUUUACUUAAACUAGAUUAAUUAAUGUUUCUAGAAUCUUAGUUAAGAGUCUUGAUUAUGUAUUUCUCCCAGUUUAAGAAUUAGUUGGCUACUUAGAAUGUUUGUUAGAAUUUAUGUUUUUGGUUAAUUGGUACUAGCUUGUAAUAAAGUCAAUUUGGCAAUUGUACCCGAAUGGUCAAAUGGAUGAUAACUCAAUUCGAUAACUCUUUUUUUA